AUGUCCAAUAAAGAAUAUCGAUUAUUAGACAAUACAGGUUUUGACUCGCUCAAACUAUGUACAUCUUCAUCGGUUCCUCAACCAGGUCCAGGCGAAAUUUUAAUUAAAUUUCAUGCUUGUUCUCUUAAUUAUCGAGAUUUGGCUAUCAGCAAGGGACAUUAUCCAUUGCCUAUGAAAUCUGGAAUUGUACCAGCAUCUGAUGGAGCAGGAGAAGUUACAGCUGUUGGUGAAGAUGUUACAUAUUUCAAGAUUGGUGAUCGAGUCUCGCCUAAUUUUAAUCUAGAUCAUAUUGGAGGACAACUUACAGAAGAAGCAGUUGCAACCGGUCUUGGUGGCAAAAUUGAUGGAUGUCUUCGUCAAUACGGCGUCUUUCGAGCACUUAGUUGUGUCAAGAUUCCAUCCUCGCUUUCUUUUGAAGAAGCUGCGACGUUACCUUGUGCAGCAUUAACAGCUUGGAAUGCUCUUUAUGGAGUGCCUGACAAAAUAUUAAAACCAGGUCAAACUGUUCUCGUUCAAGGUACCGGAGGAGUUAGUCUCUUUGGAGCACAAUUUGCACUAGCAGCUGGUGCUAAAGUUAUCGUUACUUCAUCAUCCAAUGAUAAAAUUGCUACAGUCAAAAAGCAUCUUGGAGAAAAGAAUGUUUUGACAAUUAAUUAUUCGGAAAUUCUAGAAUGGGGCAAAAAAGCUAAAGAAUUAACCGAUGGACGAGGAGUUGAACAUAUUCUUGAAGUUGGUGGCGAAAAAACACUAAAACAAUCGCUUGAAGCACUUGCAUUUGGUGGUUCGAUUAGUCUCAUUGGAUUUCUUAGUCACGGUAGCGGUCCGAGCAUGACUGUCACAGAUUUAACGAUGGGAGCAUUACGUAAAAAUGCCUGUAUUCGUGCAGUUUUAAUUGGUAGCGUUGAACAAUUUAAUGCGAUGAAUGCUGCUAUUGAGACACAUAAGAUUAAACCAAUUAUUGACAAGGUAUUUGAAUUCGAAGAUUUGAAGAGUGCUUACGAAUAUCAAUGGUCACAACAGCACGUUGGAAAGGUCGUUAUCAAAGUAUCACAAUAA